CGCCUGCGGACACGGCCAGAGACAGCAGGAGACAGAGCGAGGAGAUCCAGCACCGCCUCUAGACACACACACAGCACCGUUACACCUGUUAUUUCUGCAGUCGGACAGAAUCUCAGAGGGGACGAUGGUGUAGGCGAAGGCAGGUUUUUGUCCGCGUGCAUUGCUGAAUGUAAUUCCUUUACACUGGCCGGUUGGUGAGCGCGCGAGCGGCGCCCGGUUUUUUCCGUCCCGACAGCCGCCUCCUCUUCGAGAGAUACGUGCCGAUGCGAUUCUUCAGACUCACCUUCAAGUGUUUCGUGGAUUGUUUUUGAAGGUGCCCUUUCAAUUCGGUGAUAUUUUUUUCUUUCAUUUUUCGCGCGAUCCUCUUCCACAUCUUAUUUACGCUUAUUUCUGCGGACGAAUUUUUUGACAAACACCUCCCUAAGAAGCCUGACUGAGAAAAAAAAACGAUUCAAAACAAGAAAUAUGGCUCUGUUUUAAAUAAUAACAAUCCUGACUUGAUAUAAAAGCCAGCCUUUAGACAGAGAAAAGGCAGAGGAGCAGAUCCUGUUAACCCUUUAACAGGUUUUAGCAGAGAGAAGAAGAACACAAGGACAUUGUGGUGUCAAUAAAGCAAACUGACUCGAGCCACUAAUAAAAAGGAACAAAGAGAUUUGGGAUUAUUUCCAAUCCCAGAGGCACUGACUCAUUUUAUUAUUAUUUUUUUUUUCGGAUUUUCCUUUUUUUUUUUUUUUGUCCCCGUCUCGUUAGGGCUCUGUGAGUGUGUGAGAGAGUGAGUGUGUGUGCGUGUGUGUUUAGGAUGGAGAAGAGUGAGAAGAGCGCGCUCGGCGCGGACUGCUGUGUGGAGGACCUGGGGACGGACUGCUGCGGGGUGGCGAUGGCGGAGGAGAAGAAAGGCCACCUCAUUCCCAACGGGAACCACCAGGCCGCCAACGGCGCUCUGAUCAGCGCCAGCGGCGAGAAGAAGCGCGUGCAGCCGGAGAGAGAGACAUGGACCCGGCAGAUGGACUUCAUCAUGUCCUGCGUGGGCUUCGCCGUCGGUCUGGGGAACGUGUGGCGCUUCCCUUACCUCUGCUACAAAAAUGGUGGAGGAGUCUUUCUCAUUCCCUACAUGUUGUUUAUAUUCUUUGGUGGAAUUCCUAUCUUCUUCCUGGAAAUUGCUCUGGGCCAGUUUAUGAAGGCUGGAAGCAUUGCUGUGUGGAACAUCGCUCCACUCUUUAAAGGACUCGGCUAUGCUUCCACGGUUAUAGUGUUCUUCUGCAACACCUACUACAUCAUGGUCCUGGCAUGGGGUUUCUAUUACCUCAUUAAAUCCUUCAACACCACACUGCCCUGGUCCACUUGCACAAACUACUGGAACACAGAGAGCUGCAUCGAGACCUUCCGUCAUGACGCCUGCAAGAACAGCACCAACAGCAACUACACCUUCAUGAACAAGACCUGCGAGGAGUUAGAGAACGCCACCUCUCCUAUCAUUGAGUUUUGGGAGAAUAAGGUGCUGCGGAUCUCCGAAGGCCUCGACAGUCCGGGCCAGAUCAACUGGGAGAUGACUCUGUGUCUGAUGACUGUCUGGGUGUUGGUUUAUUUCUGCGUAUGGAAGGGAGUAAAGUCGACAGGAAAGAUUGUGUAUUUCACUGCCAUGUUCCCCUAUGUUGUCCUGGUCAUUCUCUUGGUGAGAGGUGUGACCCUUCCUGGGGCCUACGAUGGUAUCAUGUACUAUCUCAAGCCUGACUGGUCAAAGCUUAAUGAAGCACAGGUCUGGAUCGAUGCCGGCACUCAAGUGUUCUUUUCUUACGCCAUCGGACUCGGAGCCCUGACUGCUCUUGGCAGUUAUAACCGAUUCAACAACAACUGCUACCGGGAUACGUUCGUGUUGGCACUGAUAAACAGCGGCACCAGUUUCUUCGCUGGUUUUGUGGUUUUCUCCAUUCUGGGCUUCAUGGCUGCUGAGCAGGGUGUGGACAUCUCAAAAGUGGCAGAGUCAGGGCCGGGCCUGGCGUUCAUCGCGUACCCCAAAGCCGUGUCGAUGAUGCCCGUGGCACCAGUCUGGGCCGCACUCUUCUUCUUCAUGCUGCUGAUGCUGGGGCUGGACAGUCAGUUUGUUGGAGUGGAAGGCUUUAUAACUGGCAUCCUGGAUCUGCUCCCUUCAAAGUUUAACAAGCGAGAAAUCGCUGUGGCGAUCUGCUGCAUAUUGUGCUUUGUUAUAGAUCUCUCCAUGGUUACACAGGGAGGGAUGUACGUCUUCCAGCUUUUUGACUAUUAUUCAGCCAGUGGAAUGACCCUGUUGUGGCAGGCAUUCUGGGAAUGCGUGGUUGUCGCCUGGGUUUAUGGUGCUGAUAAGUUUAUGGAUGACAUUGCCCGUAUGAUCGGUUACCGGCCUUUCCCUUGGAUGAAGUGGUGCUGGUCGUUUCUUACUCCAUGUGUUUGCAUGGGAAUAUUCGUGUUCCACCUGGUGAACUACAAGCCUCUUACCUACAACAAUGUGUACGUGUACCCGUGGUGGGGGGAGAUGAUCGGAUGGUGGAUGGCUCUCUCCUCCAUGCUCUGCAUCCCUCUUAGCGUUGUGUACAAGCUCAUCAUGGCCAAAGGAUCCUUCAGACAGCGCUGGGAGAAUCUGACCAAACCCGUGUGGGCUGCGCAUCAUUUGGAGUACAUGCCACCCGACGCAGACAUCAGAAGCCUGUCGUCACUGUCCCCAGGCACCGAAGACAACAAGGUCAUCAUCUUCGAGAGCGGCAUGUAGCCGUGAAGUCGGAGGAUCCGAGCGGAAACCGAAGACAAGCUGAUAAUGAUGCUGCCUAUAUUCCAAUUCAGUUUUACACUUGUCCGAAUGAAAUGGUGUACUUUUAUAAGAAGUACGUUUACAAGAAGUCGAUGACUCGACAGAACUUCCGGGUUGAAAUUGCUGCUCUUUCUAUUUCACUCCUGCAGUUCUGUACAUUUUAGCAGCACACUAUUAGCUUGUCCUUGGUUCAGAAGGAGAUGUGCAGCAUGAGAGGGAGUCUAGCUUGGUGUAGCUCUUUCUUACCAUCACCUCCUCAGGGCAGAAUUCCCACAAUCCUCCUCAUUCAGCCUGGCACGGAUAAAAGUUAUGUUUGUGUUUGAUAUGGGGAGGAUACGUACAGAUAUGUGUCAACUGGUCCAUUUGAAUCUACGCUCAUUAACGCCCGUUUAGACGUAGACACAGCAAUUGGGUCCACUGUAUUUAAAACUAAGGGCCAAAAUAGAUGAUCUAUGAUAACAUUCUCCCUUCUUUAGUCUGUCAUUAUAUAGUAUUACUUAUAAUACAGUGUAUUUGUGUAUAUUUAGGUCAGACCAAUAUAAUACGAGAAUAAGUGUUAGGUUAAAUGUUAAAAAAGAAAAGAAAUAGUUGUUCUUUUGUCUUUUUUAUUUACUGACCACUGAGGUACGGAGUAACCAGAUCGUAUGUCGAACAUUUCCUUUUAUUGCACAGUCUACAGAGUUCGUUUUUUUUUUUAAUUGAAUGAGUGUCUGCAAAAUGUCAGCACCUUUUUUUUUGUAAAACACAGCUCACUUUGUGUGCCAAACAGUAUGCUUCCUUCAUGUCUCUCAGACAGGAAGGACUCUUUGCCAUAAAAAAUCCAGAUUUCAUCUGCCUAGUUAAGUUGGAUUUGUACUCGUUUUGUGCUUGAAGUAAUGACUAAUAUUUGGUAAAGCAGAUAUGUGGUGAUGACAAACUAAAAGCAUCACUUCUAUAUUUUGCACAUUUUUUUUUAAAUAUCAGAUGUUUGUAUAUAUAAGAUUUUUGAACACUAAAUUCAGAAUUGGCUUCAUUUUAAAGCAGAGACAAUGAGAGUGUAAUAUAGCGAUGCUGUAAUGUUGAAUGAACGCUAUAUUGUGCUCAGAGAAUAAGUGAUAACAGUGAGGAUGAGGAUUUAAAGGAGUACUUCAGCCUUUUCUUAACCUGAGCUUUUUGUACCAUAUCUGUAGUGUAUGUGCUGUUACCAUGGAGAAGAAUUUCGACAUAUUUCCCUGUGCCGAGAAAACCCGAUUAAUCAAAAUUCACUUACAGUUUACGUCUAAGGGCAGCUGUUGGGGCAGUCAGUAAAAGUUUAAAACACAUAUCUAUAUAGAACAAAUUACUGUCAGGACACUCCAACAAGGAUGAGAAGGACAUGAAAGUUAUUUAGUUGUGGAGUUUUAUUCAAUUUUGCCAAAUUGAAUAAAAGUUUUUGGUUUUUAUUGUGUCUCUCUAAGAAAAGUGCAAAUUUUACAUAAUUAAAUCUUAAUUAAUAAAUACCCUUGACUGCAAGUUCAUGAAAGCACUCUAUUAAAAUACUAAAAUGUUUUGCCCUUAGACUUCCAUUAUACAGCUUGUCUGUUUUUUCUCAGCAGAAAACGCAAAAAAAAGCAAAAGAAAAAAAGCAAAAAAAUCUUAUUCAUGGUAAUGACACGUAGAAUACAGAUGUGGUGGAUUGGGACUGGAUUGAAAAACGCUGGAGUAUUCCUUAAAUAUCAUAACCAAAAUGCUUAAAUCAUAAUAUAAAGCUUUAUACAGCAUCACUGAUUGGUUGGUAUGGAGAUAUUUUUAUAUCUUGAUCAAUUGUUUGGGUUUAAGGGUGAAUGAAGGGGCUUUUUGCCAACGUCGGGUAGGAUAGGAGUGAUAGAACACUCCUGUCAUGUAAUAGUAGCGAAUAAUGGAUUGUUAGCAUAAGGCCUGUGCGGAAGUGAUGUACAGCCUGAGUUGACGGGUAACAGUUGCCAAACUUUGCCUUUUAUUGUGUGUUUCAGCGUAAGAGCCCAUUAAUAUCUAAGUGUAUAUCGCGUCAAACUGCACUGUGGGAAUUCUGCCCUUCUUUCCUUACUCUAGUGUACCUUACUCUAAGCCUUUCUAACACCGUCGAAAUCUAGAAACCAUUAGAAUGUAAAAAGUAGAUGUUCAAUUUUAAUCUUAACUUUUGUUUUACAUAAUGUGAAAGAGUUCAGAGAUUUAUUUUGUGAAGGCUUUUAUUUUGCUGAUAUACUUAUAUACAUCUAUAUAUAUGUAUAUAUAUAUAUAUAUAUAUAUAGAAGUAUAAAUAUACAUACUGAAUAUCUGUGAGGUAUAUUUUAAAAGUUUGCUGCAGGAUGAAUUUUUGAUAAGAUAUGACUGUGGAAAGGGAGUUAUUAAUGAUACGAUUCAGUGGCGUUAUAGAAAGAAACAUUAAGACAGCACAUUGUGUUGUCUAUUAUAAGUAUCAAGCUCGUGUGUGUGCGUGCGUGCGUGUGUGUGUGUGUUAUGUGUUAGAUUUCAGUAUUUUCGGCUGACCACCCAGGGACCAAACUCAACGGAUAUUAAUCUGAUUUCUAAGAUUACCUUAUAGAGACACAGGAGAUACAGCUGAGUGCAAAAGUUUGUACACCCUUAGAACAAAAUGAAGACUAUAAGACAAUGUUAUUUAUAUGUUAGGUUUCAUAGGUAUUCCUUCAUUACAAAAGUAACAAAAAUAUUCAAAUAGUGUAUGUUAAGAUAUUAAUAAGGGCCAAAACCCCAAACCAAUCCAUUGAAAUGUUUGUGAAUGUAAUAUUCCUUGGUGAAUUGUGUAACUGCCCUCAGCCUCCUUUUCCCCUAUUUUUUCUGUUUACAGCAUUUUGUCAAGUAGAGAUACAUUUUCCUUUUUCACUCAGAAUUCACAGGGGAUGUAAACUUUUGCACUUAACUGUACUACUUUGAGCAAUGCAUGCACUGCAAUUAAUCUGAUCUAAGAGUCUGUCAGAGUGUCUCACACUCAGCUUCUGUGGCUUUUGUGCUCAUUUCCCAAGACCUUUUAAUCAAACUGAAACCAGCGAAGCUAAUCACAGAUCACAAGUGCAGCUCAUUACGACACAUUCAGAGCUAAGAGCCUGUCCACUUUUAAGCCAAUAUGUGAAAAUAAUGUAUUUUAAUGUAUAAGACACCAGUGACCUUGGAAUAAUCGAAUUAAUCUGAUUAAUUCCUUGAAGCAGACAGCAUGUGAAAGCACCUUCAAGGCAGUAUUUUCCCAAGGACUUUUAACUUAGUGAGACCAAAACCAGCGAAACUGCCUGUAUCGAUCACAGCUCCAAAGUGCUCUGGGUCACAUGUUUAAGGUAUUAACCAGGUUGAAAAGUUUUUUCCCCCCAUUUUUAUUUACUGUACAUACACUGAAGGACCACUUUAUUAGGAACGGGAGUGGAACCCAAUGUGGUUGUGCGUUCUGAGAUGCUUUUCUGCUCACCGUGGCUGUAAAGAGGGGUUACAACUCUACAGACUGUUGUGCGUGAAAAUCAGAGGAGAUUAGCACUUUCUGAAAUACUCAAACCAGCUCAUCUACAACCUCUGUGCAACGGUCAAAGUCCCCAUCACAUAUUUGCUCCAUUCUGAUGUUUGAUGUGAACAUUAACUGAACCUCUUGACCUGUAGCUACAUGAUUUUAUGCAUUGUGCUGCUGCCACAUGAUUGGCUGAUUGGGUGAAUGCGCAGGUGCUCCUAAUAAAGUGGACAGCGAGUGUAGAGUCCUUUUAUUCCAAAUAGAAAUUAAUGAGAUACUAGAAAAAAGCAACUUCUGGUAACUCUGAGUUGAGGAUCUGAUUCUUAUUUCUCAAAUUAAAACCAAAACUAGCGAAACUGCCUGUGAUGAUCACCGAUCACAGGCGAAGCAUCUGAAGAGUUUCCCUUUUCUGAGUUUCAUGAAUUCCUCUUCAUCCAACAGCACCCUGGGAUGGUCAGCUGAUAAAAUGUUGUUUAGUCAUUGUAUGUAGAAAAGUAAAGAAGAAACAUGAACAUUACCAAAAAAAUAAAUAAAUAAAAAAGUUGUUCUUGACAGUAGCUUUGUCCCAAAGACUUGCUCACUGCAGAUGAACUGGAGUUUGGUCUAGUUAAUGUAGUACUGUUCAUUAGAAAAGGGAAGAUUUUAGAAAAUAUAGAAAAGUACAUAAAGAGAUGUUUUCUUUAAUCAGCAAAUUUUUUACAUUAAUGAAUGAACUGAUUAAUAAAUUAAUUGAUUAAAAAAAGAAACGUAUCAAUGAAUUAAUCUAUAUUUCUAAAUGAACUUAAAUAACUAACUUUUACUCUUCUAUAAAUUGAAAACUGUUAAAUGUAAAUCUAUGAUUAAAAUCUAUCAAUCCAACAUAUGAUCUGUAUGUUUUACGAGUUAAAUUAACCAGCAGUAACCAGGUUUUUUUUUUUUUUUAAAUAAAAAAAACUUCCUAAUGGAACAGAAAUUUUUUUUUUUUUCAAAUUGUGAACUCGUUUCAUAGUGUAUGAUGAAUUUUUGGCUAAAAUGUUUUAAAUCAAAUCUAAAUCAAGAAUCAUUAGUGAAAAGUUAAUUUCUUGACUUAAAAGCGUAUUAGAGCACAUUAUAUUAGUGGUAGACAGAAACUCUACAGCUUUGGGUCAGGUUACUGUCUCGAAGGUUCUCUUAUUAACAUAGUUAACUUAGUGAUUAACUCUUUCAUCGUUGUGCUUCGUGACAUGCUGUGAGCUGUAACCACAGUCUUCCAUUCGUAAGCUGAAGUAGUAAUAACAUAACGACUCGUGCUGUAAAAGUCAUUGCUCAUGCAGGAGUUGAUCACUGAUCAUUGAUGAUGUUGAUGUAUGAAGGGCUUCAUGCUUUAUACCACUGUGACUGUGUGCUGAAGAUCCACUCACCCAUAUCAGAGCAACAACCGGCAAUAAACGAACUAACUCCAUGGCAA